GGCAAUUGUGAAGUGAAAACCUAAAAGACUGACACAUUUGCAGUGGUGUCUGACCCCGGGAUUGUAUCGAUGGAUCUGACGGUCGCUGUUUGUCUCUGUGCUCUUCUGUCUGGCAUUGCUCAAGCCAACAGGGACACACAUCAUUCUCUGAGUCUGUCUGUACCACACUUAUACUACAUCUGCCCUGAAGGUGCCAACGUCACCCUGCGCUGCACCCUGUCUGGUGCCAAAGCUCAUCCUAAUGACAAAGUCCAUCAGAUGUGGCACUUUACUCCGCAUCAGGACCAGCAUUGCCACGAACGCAUUCGUUCACCACCUCACCAUAGUAACCACUCUGCGGAGGGAGUACAGUUCGGCAUAGCUAAGGACUCAUUGUGGGUGACUUUGAAGGAUGUCAGAAGGUCUGAUCAGGGCAAAUAUUGCUGUUUUGCAGCAGACUUUCACGUCGAAAAUCACAAGCCCGUAGUUGAUCAGAGAGCUCGCAACCACCUACUGCUUACCAUCACUCCACGGCGAGGGCGAAAUGACAGUCUGCAGUGUACAGUCCAAGACUUCAAAGCCACAGAUGGGUCAUCGUCAGCAGCUGCUGGACUGGCCACAGCAGCGUGCAUUAUGGGUAUUCUGUGCUUGCCCUUCAUCCUGUUUCUAGUUUAUAAGCAGAGACAAGGGGUUUUGAGCAACCGCCGUGCGCACGAGCUCGUCCGCAUGGACAGUGAGGCUCGUGGUCACGAGAAUCCCGUGUAUAUGGGUGAGUCUCCACAGACUAAAACACGGACUGUGUCACAGAUUCUCACUCGCCAAUCGUCCGAGACAGGGCGCCACCUUCUGGCUGAUCCUGGAACUCCGUUCACACCACAGUCAAAUGAUAAUGUCUUCUUCCACGCAAAUGAGCCUAUCCCAGAGAGUCCUGACAUCAUGCAGGUCUAAAAGGAAUGGAUGGAUUCAACAUUUUUUCAUUCUCAGCCUUAAGAAAUGCCUCACACUUUUUCUCCUCCACUUUUUUCCUUGCCUGUCAUCCCACUAUCCCUCCAUCCCUUUGUCCUGUCCCAGGGGAAAACAGUGACUAUGCAUGGAUCAAGAGGGGGGGGGGGAUAAACCACAAAAAAAGAAAGAAGACAGACAUAUUUACCACCUGCACAAACAGCCUACGGCUGACGGGAACUCAUUUUCUCAGCACUUUGUUUCACUGGGGGUUGCUAUGCCUGUGACGCUUUGCAAAACAGGUUUCAUGGCCGGUUAUGGGGGCAAACUUCCAGAACAUUCCAAGACUGAGGAGGAAUUUUGGCGCUUCAGGGUUUUUGUUGAAGGGGAAUAGAACUGGCAGAUUUUGGAGACGCCUUGUUAAAUGUUUUGAGUCCUUUUUUCUGACCAUAAUUCUGUUGUUUCAGAAUUUCAAGCAGAUGUUGUUAAGUUACCUUGAUGUUGUGCUGUUUCACAUCUCUGACAUAGCUAUAGCGUGAACAUUUGUUAUGUCCUAAUAUGAUUCUUUGCUCUGGUUCUGAAAUGGGCUCAAAUUGGGCAAAGUAGAAUCCAUUGCCCUUCUCU